AAGUGGAGAAUCUAUUUUCCAUGGCUGUUUUUCCAAGUUUUCUCAUUAUUUCCGCAUUAAUGGCAGCAUCAGCCCAGCAACAAAGAUAUUCCAAUAUUUCCCUUGGAUCUUCUUUAACCCCCAGUACAAAUUCAUCAUGGCUGUCACCUUCUGGACUCUAUGCUUUUGGAUUCUACAACGUAACAAAUGGCUAUGCCGUUGGAAUUUUUCUUGCUGGGAUUCCAGAAAAAACUGUAGUGUGGACAGCCAACAGGGAUGAUCCCGUCUCUCCCAGCAACGUGGUUUUAGUAUUAACCAAUGAUGGAAGGCUCAUUUUGCAGCAGGAAGAUAGAGAUGACAAAAAUAUUGCGAAUCCUCGCCUGCCUGUUGCUUCAGCUUCAAUGCUUGACAAUGGAAAUUUUGUGCUCUAUGAUUCGGCUCAGAAUAUCACAUGGCAGAGUUUUGAUAACCCAACAGACACUCUUUUGUCCGGGCAACGUCUAUGGGCUGAAGAAGUGAUCGUCUCCAGUGCUUCAAAAUCGAACCCUGCCAAAGGGAUUGUUGUGGAAGCUCUCUCAAAAGGAUCUUCAAAUGGGCUUUUCAGACUCAGGAUGCAAGCUGAUGGGAACCUAGUGCAAUACCCUGCAGAACCUAAUGUCAUGUCAUCUGAUGCUUACUAUUCAACACAAACCUUUGGACAGGGCAGUAGUGUAUCAUUGAAUCUUGAUAAUAAUGGCCAUCUUUAUUUGUUCGAUGGAAUCUCCGUUAUAUUCAAUUUAUCAAUGGGACAAUAUCGAACAGGAACUAUCUACCUCAUCCUCAUGAGAAUUGAUGUGGAUGGUAUUUUUUGUGUAUAUAAUCGCUCGUUGGAUCGUCAAGGCAACUGGGCUAUAGAAUGGUUCUCCAAUGAAGAUAAAUGUGUCCCAAAGGGUAGCUUAGGAUGUGAGAGGAAUUUUUCCAUGGAAAGUUGUAAAAACAAGGAUCAAAAUGUCAAUUAUAGAAUGAGAUCCCUGGAUAACACAGUGUGGGAAGACACUGAUUAUGAUAUUAUAGAAGAUAUGAAGACUAAAGAAGAUUGUGAAAAUGCUUGUUUGGGGGACUGCAAUUGUGAUGCCGCUUUCUUUAAAGAUGGAAUCUGCAGAAAGCAAAAGCUUCCAUUGAGAUACGGAAGAAGAUUGCAGGGUGGUUCAAAUGUUGCUCUUAUCAAGGUGGCCACACGUUCAUCUUUCACACAGGGAGUUCCAAAUAAUUCAGUUAAUGAAGUCGUGAAAGAACGUCAUCUAAACAACUUCUUAAUCAUCAGCAUUUCGCUUGUUGCUUUGGCUGCAUUGAUCUUGGCAAUUUCUUGGGUUUAUGUCCGCCGAAAUCAUGUUGGAACCUAUAUGAUUUCCAACAAUAGAAAUGUUGAAAUGAUUGAUGACGUUGGUUUACGAGCAUUUACUUAUGCAGAACUUGUGCAAGCCACAAAUGAAUUCGAAGAAGAGCUUGGUAGAGGAGCAUGUGGCACAGUUUACAAAGGGAUUCUAUCAAACAACAAAAUUAUUGUGGCUGUGAAGAAGCUCGAGAAAGACUUGGCAGGAAUGAGAGAGUUUCAAACUGAGAUGAAGGUGAUAGGGAAAACACAUCAUCAUAAUCUUGUCCGACUUCUUGGUUACUGCUUUGAAGGAUCCGUGUCGCUUUUGGUAUAUGAAUACAUGAGCAAUGGAUCACUUGCAGAUAUACUUUUCAAUCCCGAAAGUCGGCCAUGCUGGGAAGAGAGAAUUAGAAUUUCUCUUGAUAUUGCCAGAGGCAUCCUCUACUUGCACGAGGAGUGUGAGACACGGAUCAUUCAUUGUGAUAUUAAACCGCAAAACAUUCUCAUGGAUGAGCACAGGUGUGCAAAGAUUUCCAACUUUGGAUUGGCAAAACUCUUAAUGCUAGAUCAAACAUACACCAAUAUAGGGAUCAGAGGAACAAGGGGUUAUGUUACCCCAGAGUGGCACAUGAAUUUACCUAUAACAGUCAAAGCAGAUGUUUACAGCUUUGGAGUCGUGCUCCUAGAAAUCAUAUGUUGCCGAAGAAGUGUUGAUCGAAGACUCCCUGAGAAUGAAGCUAUUCUUCAAGAAUGGGUUUACAACGGAAAUAUGUGCCCAAGUUUAGAAAUUCUAAACUUAUAA